AUGGCUUACAAUCUUCAAUCCCUCAUCACCAUCCUCCAAGGGAUUCUUGAUCCCCAACAAACACACUGGAUUCUUGGACCUGAGAAACCACAACUCCAAUCCCUCCUCCAAAAAGCUUCUUACCUGCAGCAACAGAUUCUCCAAAAAACUCCAAUCCUCACCAAAAUACCAAGCUUGGAGUGCCAAAUCAGAGACGUAGCAAAUGAAGCAGAAGAUAUCGUUGAAUCUCACAUGGUGGAGAGAAACAAGAAGCCGACUGGCAGCUCAGUGAGUGGAGCUUCUUUCUCGAGUUCGAAGAGCGUAGUGGUGGGAGUUGAUGAAGAUCUGAUGCAGCUGAAGGAUCGGCUGACCGGGAAUCAGACCAAGCUGGAGAUCCUGCCCAUCGUGGGUAUGGGUGGUAUAGGUAAAACCACUCUUGCUCGAACACUUUAUCAAGAUUCACUCAUUCUUGACCACUUUAGCCAUCGUGCUUGGACCACAAUUUCACAAGAUUACAAUAUGAGGUCAAUUCUACUAAGCCUUAUUCAGUGCAUAAUUGGAAAAGAAGAAUGUGACAAACAUAAUGGAAAGAGAGAUGGUGAGUUAAAAGAUAUUUUGUAUAGGAGCUUGUAUGGUAGAAGAUACAUGGUUGUAUUAGAUGAUAUUUGGAGCACCAAAUUCUGGGAUGAGAUAAGGAGUUACUUCCCGGACUACAAUAACGGGAGUCGGAUUGUGAUCACCACUAGGGAAUCAGAUGUCGCCAAAUAUGCAGACUCCAAGAGUCUGCAUCAUAAGGUGCAGUUGCUGAGCGAGUCUAAAAGUUGGGAUCUUCUUAGCCAAAUUGUGUUUGGAGAAGAGGAAUGCCCUCAUGAAUUACAAGGGAUCGGAGAGAAGAUUGCUAGUGAUUGCGGUGGGCUUCCUCUAGCUAUCAAUGUGAUUGGAGGGCUGUUGUCAAAGGUGGAAAGAUUGAAAGGUGUUUGGGAGAAUAUUGGGAACGACGUAAGAGCUGCAAUUGGUGAAUCAGACAAGCAAUUCUCCAAUAUACUAUCAUUAAGUUAUAACCAUUUGCCGCUUCACUUGAAACCAUGUUUCCUCUAUAUGGCAGCAUUCCCCGAAGAUUAUCAGAUAAAGGCCUCAAGACUCAAAAGGAUGUGGGUAGCAGAAGGAUUUGUGAAAUCGAAUGGAGAUAAAAGUUUGGAGGAAGAGGCAGAGGAUUAUUUAAAGUCACUUGUAGAAAGGAAUCUAGUUUCAGUUAUUACAAGUUAUUAUUUGUUUGGAGAAGCAAAGAGGUACAUCAUGCAUGAUCUUUUGAGAGAUUUAUGCAUUAGGAAAGCUGACGAUGAGAAGUUUCUACAUGUCAAGAAGUCCACCGAGCUCACAUUCUCUAACCAGCUGCGUCGUGUGAGUAUUCACACAUCAUAUGGAAUGGAAGAUGAUGAGUAUGCUUCUUCAUCAGAGAUGUCACUUGUUCGAUCAUUUCUACUAUUUGUCGAGUUGGAUAGGAAUGUUCUUCCCAUGGUUUCCACAUUAAGCUUGCUUAGGGUGUUGGAUUUAUUGGAAAUGAAUGAGUAUGAUGAUAUUGAGUUCCCGGAAGAAAUAUUACAACUUGUGAACUUACGCUACUUAUCUAUCCAUUGCGAGUCAUUGCCAAGAAGUGGAAUAUCUAGAUUGUGUAAUUUGCAAACCUUGAUUGCUAAGCUACCCUACCAUAGCUGUUGCCCUGCUGAGUUGUGGGAGAUGUCUGAGUUAAGACAUCUCAUCAUAUUGCGUGAAGAUCUCAGGAUAGAAGAUGAUUACAUGAAAAAAAUUGUUCUGAAGAAGCUGCAGACGAUACGGAAUGUGAAACUAACUCCGUUAGUGAUUAGAAGGGGUUUCUUGGAAAGCAUUCCAAAUAUAAAAAGCUUGGAAAUCGAGUAUGAGGUUGAAGGUUCAUCAUGGAGAAUUAAGUAUGGCUUUUUGUGUAAUAACUCCGGCAGCGACGACGGCUCUGUGUGCACUACCGAAUCUGGAAGUGCUCAAGAUAUACAGUUGUACCUUCAAAAGCAAUGA